AUGACAACAGAUUAUCACAGAUACAUAGGAUUAAAGUUUGAUGAAGUUAAUCAACAUCUCUUAAAUUUAGCAAAAGAUAACAAACGUAGAACGAAACCAAGAAACAGUUCCUUGUACCAACGUAGAUCAUCUUCACAACCUUCAAACAAUGAAUGGAUGACAUGGACUGUGAUACAUCUUCAUUUGGAACUUCGUAAAAUAUCUUGUGAAAUUGACUCGAUAUUUGGAGUACAGAUGACUUUUAAAAUGGGAUGUUAUUUUUGUUGGUUAGCGAUUGACUUGCGUGAAAUUUUCGGCGUAAUACUCGUCAACAAUUAUAUCACAUCUAAUAAAACACUAUACGCUAUUAUAAUGUUAAUCUGGCUUUGUCAUAACAUUUUGAAACUCUUCUUUCUUAAUUACGUAUGCGAAGCAGUCAGCACCAAGGCAAACGCAACAGCAAAUUUAAUGAAGAAAAUAUCGUAUUCUACUUAUGAUAUUGAAAUUCGUGAGAAUAUAUCAUUAUUUCUAUUGCAAAUAACUCAAGCACCAGUCAGAUUCUGUGGAAUGGGACUUUUCCAAUUUGGCUACAAAUUUCUUUAUGGGUUCAGCUCAUUGAUUACGACCGUUGUAGUUUUAUUAAUUCAGGCAAUCAUGAAUAAACAAACAUUUUUAAAAAAUAACUAA